AUGCGUCGUUUUAAUCCAACAUGGUUUAAAGAAUAUAAAUGGUUGGAGUACAGUAAGGAGAAAGAUGCUGUAUAUUACUUAUAUUGUUAUCUCUUCAAACUGGACAUUGGAAAUAAAGCAGGGGGAGAAACUUUUGUUACUGAAGGGUUUAGUAAUUGGAAAAAGAAAGAGAAGUUCAAAGGUCAUGUGGGGGCUCACAAUAGUGCACAUAAUCAAGCUCGGCAAAAAUGUGAAGCUUUGUUAAACCAUAAACAAAGUAUUAUAACAUUUUUUGACAAGCAAUCGGAUCAGCAGAAAAUGAUAUAUAGGACUUGUUUGAAUGCAUCGGUUGAUUGUAUUCGCUUUUUACAACAACAAAGAUUAGCAUUUCAUGGUCAUGAUGAAUCUAAAGAUUCAACUAAUCAAGGAAAUUUUCGUGAAUUGUUGCGGUUUCUUGCGACACAUAAUGAAGAAAUUGACAAGGUAGUCUUAAAAAAUGCUCCUGAAAAUCAUCAAAUGACUGCACCAUACAUUCAAAAAGAUAUAGCAAAUGCUGCAGCAAGUGAAACUAUAGAUGCUAUUCUUAAAGAUCUUGGAGACUCGUCAUUUGCUAUCCUAGUUUAUGAAUCCCGUGAUAUAUCUAUUAAACAAUUGGCAAUUGUUUUGCGUUAUGUAGAUAAGCGGGGCCAUGUGAUGGAACGUUUUUUAGGCAUUACACAUGUUAGCACUACCACAGUUGCAGAAUUGAAGAAGACAAUUGAUUCAGUGCUUAGCAAACAUAAUUUAAGUAUUAGCAGAUUUCAAGGACAAGGAUACGAUGGAGCUAGCAAUAUGCGAGGUGAGUUGAAUGGACUUAAAACACUUAUUUUGAAUGACAAUUCGUCUACCUAUUAUGUUCAUUGCUUUGCACAUCAGCUUCAACUCACUUUAGUUGCUGUUGCCAAAAAUCACAUUCAAAUUGCAACUUUUUUUAGUUUGGUCAAUAGUAUCUUUAAUGUUAUUGGAGCAUCUUGCAAAUGUCGUGACGUACUUCGUGAAAAACGAACUGCUGAAGUAGUAGAAGCACUACAAAAUAAUGAAAUGCCAACUAGUCGUGGCUUGAAUCAAGAAAUGAACAUAAAGAGACCUGGUGAUACACGUUGGAGUUCUUAUUAUGGUGCAAUUAUUAGUCUUUUUACCAUGUUUUCUUCUGUUAUCGAUACGGUUGAAGACGUAAUUGAAGAUGGUUUAAAUUCUGAACAGAGAGCAGAAGCAAAUAUACUAAUUCAAUCACUCCAAACUUUUGAUUUUGCUUUCAAUUUACAUUUGAUGAAAAAUGUUUUGGGGAUUACAAAUGAGUUAUCUCAAGCACUCCAACGAAAAGAUCAAGAUAUUCUGAAUGCAAUGAAGCUAGUUGAAAUUUCAAAGCUACGCUUACAGGCUAUGAUAGAAGAUGGGUGGGAUUCCUUAUUUGAAGAAGUUCUAAAUAUGCAACUCCAAGAACUUAACAGUCGCUUUAAUGAAGCAAAUUCUGAAUUAUUACUCUGUGUUGCAUGCUUGAGUCCAGAUGACAUGUUUGCUUCUUUUAACAAGGAGAAAUUACUUCGUCUUGCUCAAUUCUAUCCGAAUGAUUUUUCAGCAGUUCAACUUAUCACUUUAGACAACCAACUUGAAACAUAUAUCGUUGACAUGCGUUCUAGUGAUGAAUUUGCAACACUCAAAGGGAUUGGACAACUCGCUAAGAAAUUAGUAGAGAUGAAAAAGGAUGUCGUAUAUCAGUUGGUUUAUUCAUUGGUAACAUUGUCAUUGAUUCUGCCAGUUGCGAUAGCAUCUGUUGAGAGAGCAUUUUCAGCAAUGAAUAUUGUUAAAAAUUGUCUACGCAACCGAAUUGGAGAUCAAUGGAUGAAUGAUUGUUUGGUUACGUACAUCGAGAAAGAUAUAUUCAAGACUAUCAGUUAUAAAGAAAUCAUGAAGCGAUUCCAAGAUAUAAAGACUCGUCGAGGACAAUUGCCUUAG